GCGCACGCCCGUGUCUGUUCAGCUUGUUUGUUUUGGGGCCGGAGUUGAGAGGAAAUGACUGUAGGAGGCGGGUGCGGAUGUAUCGUAGCUUUCCCGCGGUUUGAGAGGUCUCUGAUUCAGUUCAUGCCAAAGGAGCGCUCUGUACUUUAACUGGGGGAUUUAAAACAACAAAUAAACAAACAAGUUGAUUGCAGCGAAACGUCAACCGGUGGACUCAUUCUGCAGUGCUGCCCUUACAAGAAUCACCAAAUUAUCACUUGAUAAUAUGCCUCCAAAAAGCCAGAGAAGAACAGCUGCUGCUACUGCAGUACAGGAGAUGGAAGAUAAACAGACAAACAACGGGGGUACGGGUAGUCCAAAAAAGAGCAACGAACUUACAGCCGAAAGUCAUAAAGACAAGGAAUCUGACUUUGUCACGCUGUGUCAGAAGCUGAAGGUGACGGAUGAAGUGUGUGAUCGAGCAUGGAGAAUAUGGGAGACAGUGCUGGCAUCAGGGGACAUAGUGCCGGACACCAACGUAAAGCACUGGGGAGUAUGUUUGUUCAUAGCAGGAACAGACCUGAAUACAAUGACGUUUACAUUCUCAGAACUGCAGAAGAAUAUAAAUGUGAAUGUUGCCUACUUCUUUAACCUGCUGAAGAAGACAGAUGUAAAUAUGGAUAUUGUAAGCACUAAAGUGAACACAGCAGUAUCCAGGCUGGAAAACAAAUAUGAUGUACAUCUUGCACUGUACCAGAGGUUUGAGAGGACUUGUACAAAAAUCUACAUGGAGGCUCCAGAUGUACAAGAAAACUUAGACAUCGAUUCAAAAUCAAUCAUUAGAAGCUGCUGGAUCCUUUUUCUGCUGGCAAAAGGAAAAGUGCUGCAGAUGGAAGAUGACCUAGUGAUCUCCUUUCAACUGCUGCUCUGCGUCCUUGAGUAUUUUAUCAAGCUGUCACCCCCUGCUUUGCUGAAGGGACCGUUUAAAGCAGCUGUGAAUGGGCUGAACCAGCCCACCCAAACAAGAACGUCUCGGCGCAACCAGGGCAGGAAUGCACGCCCUGCUCCAAAGCCAGCGGAAACAGACCUGCGGGUGAUGGAGGCCCUGUGCAAGGAGAACGAAUGUAACGUAGAUGAGGUCAAAAAUGUUUAUUUAACCAGCUUCAUGCCUUUUCUGGAUUCUUCUGGUUUAUCAGGUUCACAAGGGAUUCCUGAGGUGGAGGUGUUUUCUAAACAGUAUGAAGAACUUUACCUCAAGAACAAGGAUAUUGAUGCCAGACUGUUCCUAGACAACGAUGAAACACUGCAGCCUGCUAAGAUUGAUAUGUUGGAGCUGGAGAGAACUCCCAGGAAGAAUCAUUUUGAAGAGGAGAUUGUUGGGAUUCCUCCCCAAACACCAGUCAGAGCUGCCAUGAACUCCAUUCAGCAGUUAAAGGUUAUCCUGAACUCUGCCAGUGACAAACCUUCCGAGAACUUGAAGAGGUAUUUCAGUAACUGCACAGUGAAUCCUUCAGAAGACGUCGCCCAGCGGGUGGAGUGUCUGGGAAGGGCUUUCAGUGACAGGUUUGCACUUGCCGUCGGACAAGGCUGUACGGAAAUUGGAUCUCAGAGGUUCACACUUGGUAUCCGAUUAUACUACAGAGUCAUGGAGUCAAUGGUGAAAUCAGAGGAAGAGCGACUAUCCGUACAAAAUUUUAGGCAAGUCUCAAGCAAGCUGUUGAACAACAAUGCCUUCCACACCUCAUUGUUAGCCUGUGCUUUGGAAGUUGUCACGGCUACAUAUGGCUGGAGCCCUUUCAAGAGUGGUAGCACGUCUGUGACAGACCUCUCGUUCCCAUGGAUACUGGAUGUGUUUGAGCUGAGGGCCUUUGAUUUCUACAAGGUGAUUGAGAGCUUCAUCAAGGUGGAGCCUAGCCUUAAGCGGGAUAUGAUCAAGCACCUGGAGAGAUGUGAACACCGCAUCAUGGAGUCCAUUGCCUGGAGAUCGGACUCUGCUCUGUUUGAGCUGCUAAAACAGUCGAAAGAACAGGAAGGCCAUGUGGACCAUGCCGAGCCCCCCAGCACCCUGAACCUCCCCCUGCAACACAACCACACAGCGGCAGACCUGUACCUGUCUCCUGUCAGGUCUUCUUGGAAGAAGGCCUCCUCCAUCAAUGGCAGUGUGCCACAGACAGCCGACAAUCAGACAGCCCCCUCGGCACAGUCGCAGCAACCACCUCCGAAAACACAGAAAUCUACCUCACUCUCUCUGUUCUACAAGAAAGUUUACCGUCUGGCGUAUAUGCGGCUAGACAUGCUGUGUUCGCACCUGUUAAAGGGCCAGCCUGAACUGGAACCAAUCAUCUGGACCCUCUUUCAGCACACACUGCAGAACGAGUAUGAACUCAUGAGGGACAGGCAUUUAGAUCAGAUCAUGAUGUCUGCCAUGUACGCUAUUUGUAAGGUGAAGAACGUCGACCUGAGGUUUAAGACUAUCGUAACUGCUUACAAAAACCUGCCAAAUACAAACCAAGAGACAUUUAAGCGAGUUCUCAUCCGAGAGGGGCAAUAUGACUCCAUCAUAGUCUUCUAUAACCUGGUUUUCAUGCAAAAGUUGAAGACUAAUAUCCUGCAGUAUGCCUCUACCAGGCCACCAACUCUCUCCCCGAUCCCCCACAUUCCUUGCAGCCCAUACAAGUUUCCCAACUCACCCCUGAAGGUUCCAGGAAGCAACAACAUCUACAUCUCGCCCAUGAUGUCCCCCACCAAGAUGACUCCUAGAACAAGAAUCCUGGUAUCUAUUGGUGAAUCUUUUGGGUCCUCUGAGAAGUUCCAUAAGAUCAACCAGAUGGUGAGCAGCAGUGAGCGGACUCUGAAGAGGGGGCUUGACAUGAGCAGUGCCCCCAAGCCUCUCAAAAGGCUGCGAUUCGACACAGAGGGGCAGGACGAAGCAGACAGCAGCAAACCUACUGGGGAAUCUAAGUUCCAGCAGAAGCUGGCUGAGAUGACCUCAACAAGAACCAGAAUGCAGGAACAAAAACUGAAAGAUGUGGCCGACGCAUUGAAGAGGGAUGAAAAGUGAAGCCACCCAUCGCCUCAGGGGAAGAACACUCUAGUCUGCUUUUGCGUCAUAACAUUUUUUUUAUUUUAAUUUUAAUUUUAUUAUUUUUACUUUGUACAUUUCAUAAUGUGGUAGUUUAAAUGCAUGUGCACAAAAUGUGUGCAGUUUUUUUAAAUUUUUUUUUAUUUAUACUCCUGUAAUGGUUUUAUUUUUUAUUUUUAUUUUUUUUUAAUUUAAAAAUAGUUUUGAUUUAUUGAACAGACCUACAAAUGUGCCUAUAAAAGCCCAAUGUCGUCUGCAAAAAAAACAGAGGCUUUUAAAAGUUUUGAUGAAUGCACUAAUUCCUGUUGCUAGAAAUGUGUGCUUAUUAGUAUUUUAGUUGUUUCUCCACAAAAGAUGUGGGCAUCUUAUAUUCUUUUCCAAAUGGACAUUGAAAAAUGAUUAUGUAACUGACCUCCUUAUUAACAGUUUCUUGUGUACCAGACAGAAUUUAUCCCUGCUGUUAACUUAUGCUGUGUCUUCCUGAAGUUAAAUCUCUUUUGGUGCCAAAUCGAGAUCUAUGAUAGUCAUGUAUGUGUCAUACCCUCGGUGCCAGCUCUGAUCCUGGAGACUGUAGCACCUCUCUCGUUUGAUUUAUAGGUCUCGUCAGUUGCAGUUAUCUUUGAAAGUACAUGUAAUCUUGUAAGUACUGUUAGCGGCUUCAAUGUUAUGUAUCAGACUGAAAUGUUACAGGUCAUUUUAUUGAACCUCAUCAGAGAUAGAACCUGUUAAAGGUGCAAUAACCAACGAUUUAUUGCCAUUGUGUCACACGUCCCUUGUUUUGCUGUUGGUUUUCUUUUCUUUUAUUAAUAUUUCGUGUUGACAGUGGAAGUUUGGUGGAAGUGCUUGUUUCCACAGUUUAUGUGCAGCAUUGCCUCCUGAGUGCAAUACUACUACCUGGAAUUGUGUUGUGUUUGUGAGGUGAGACCUUUUUGAAAGUCUUGGUUAUUACACCUUUUAAAGAGUUACUCAACAGACUGUAGGGUUUAAAACACAAUGCAUUACUUUACCCAAUGUCUGGUUUAUUGUACACAUUCCUGCAAUACCCUUUUCAACAUAACGGAUUGUUUUGAUAUUAACAUAUCCCUGGUCAUAAAUCAGUUUUGACUACUUUAUUUUAGUUUUACAUCAGUUAUGCAUUGGGUCUUUCAAUCAAAAUGUCUUCUGAAUUCACAACACCUAGGCUGUUGUGUUGCUUAGCAUGUAAAUUUCUUGCUUAAGGUUUUAUUACUGGUUAUUCCACAUUAACCCAACCAACAUAAUGUAUGUAUUUAUUUACUGCCAUUUUAUGGCAAGAGUGCCAGAUAGUCCUGGCAAACCCAGCUGACAGAUGAAUCCAUCAAAAUGCUGAAUUUUAUGAGAGAAGCCAGGAACCAAUUAAAUGUUGUGAAUUCAGAAGAGAUUUCGACGGUAAGACCCGAUGCCAAACCAGUAAAAAAAAAAAAAACUAAAAUAA